CAGGUCACUUCGCUCUGCCAUUGCCCUCACUUGCGCCAAUUCCAGUGUCACAAAGUACAUGAGUCUCGGGUGAGGCAUCAAUGAAACCAGGAUGAGGCUCACGCCGGCCUUGUCAGUGCGGAAACUGCUGGCUCGCUUUCAACCGCCCUUUCCGCCACAAUCACCUCGCGAAUCAAAGCAUCUUCUCAACGUGCUCGAGUCGGCCUUCCAGAAACACUUGGACGAUGUACAUCCUUCACCUAGAGUUGCUGACUCGAAAGAUGACGGCAGCGAGGGGGACUCGAUCCCUAAUCCGGCACAACGACUUGCUCAUUCCACCCACUCACACCUUGACAGCAUACUAAGUCAUCCUCUAUUAAAGCAGAAAUCCAACUCGCUUCCCCCUCCACACAGUUUAUCGGCCACAGCGGUAGCGACUUUCGAUGCUGCGCUGACAGGAAAGGGGCUUGAUCGUCACAUUGUCCAGUUUUGCACACUACAAUACAUCGAAGGUUUAGAGAAGAAAGAGACGAUUUCUGGAAAUGGGAAACUCGGGCCCAGACUCGCGAGCUGGUUUACCACGAUGAAUAAGGAGGACAAACACGUAUUUUGGACUAACAACAAAAACUUAAAAGCUCUUGUGACAGUCAUGUACGCCGAUGGCCUCGAAGGGGAAGUAUGGAUGUGGCUUCGAGACCUUUAUGAGCGGCAGUACGCCUCAAAGAACGAGGCAUCCUGGAUGCGAACCUAUUCCAUCGCGGAAGACAUGCUCGUUGCGACCAUGAUCUCACAGACCAAAGCCAGAGGCUCUUUAUCCGAGGCUGCUGAGCUGUACGUUCAGGCCUCGAACUACCGCCGAGAGAACAUGCCAAACAUGCGACCGUUGAAACUGGCCGGACGACGACUUUCCAUGGCCAUCCGAUCGCGGCGCAAGAGCCACGGCAUUCCAGCCGGGCUGUUCGACCAAGUACUUGCUACUUUCCAACCUCAGCACCAUUCAGGCAUCGAGCAUAUUUGGCUACGUCUCUACCAUCCGACAUCCCCUUCAGCAACCGAACUAUGUUCCAAACUCCGCAACUCGACGUAUAGUAGCCUCUUGGACUGGCGGAACAAACAAUCCCUCAAUCAUCCAGUUCACAAGAUUUUCCUCGUGAACCUACUCGACGCGGCACAAAUCUGUCUCGACCAGGCUCAUCCAGCCGAUGCUCGGUUUAUUCUCGAUGUCGCCGAAACAGAAUACUCUGAAAUUCUAUCACCUGGGAAAGAGACAGAUACGAAGAAACGACUUGAACAGGCACAGGCAGCUAUGCUCAUACGGCGGUUCGAAUCUCGGAGAACGUUGCAAUCUAAUGUCACGCCAGCUGUGGCAUGAUUAUGCCCACACUGACUGAUACUGACGUGACGUCUAUGCUAUAGUACAGUACAGCACAUUACAUAACGAUACCCAGACGAUAUAACGUUUUUUUAGGAUUUUGGAUAUGCCAAACUCACAAUAGUACUUGGUAUUUUUCA